CCGAAGGAAGUUGGGGUUCGGGGCUCGGACUCAAGCGAAAAGUCGCUGACACCCUCUCAGCACACUCAAUGACGAGGAGAGUCGAGGGCGUCACACGCCUCGCAAAGUGCAACGUCCAUGCAUUCACUUAUACGGGAAGGACGACCUCUCCAACAUGGCCGCAACUUAGCCACGUCAGUAUACCGGGCGGCUACUGCGCUGAUGCGUAACUAUUGUUCAACUCUAUAAAUCUUCCCAUCUGUCAGGAAAAUAAGUGGAAAUCAAAAUCAUAGCCGUAUAUAACCAUCUUGUAUCAAAUAUUCGUGUUCCUCAUCACGCCGCGUUGGCGCACUUCGUCUUCGCGUCUUUGCGGAAUUCCCAACGACGCACCUGUCAAACGGAGUAGUGACGACAUUUAGAAGCGACUGUUUUGGUAGGAAGGGGCGUGUCGCGUUAGUGAAGAAAUUUGGCGCGUGCAGCCGUGGAUAGGGGCCACAAGCCCCUUUAGCGGAACAUUUCCGAUUGGUGCCGGUUGGGAAAUGACAAGGAAACAAUCAGCUCCAAAAUUCAUUGACGUGUUUAUUGAUUGAAGCGUGUGCAGCGUCGCCUGAGACGAUGUCCAAUGGCAAGCCCAUCCCCCACACUCCCCUGGCCGUUGACUUCUGGCAUGUUCGCAGAUGUCCAGAAAGCAGAAUAUUUUUCCUGUCCCACAUGCACAGCGACCACACGGUCGGCCUGACGUCCACAUGGACGGACCGACCCAUCUACUGCUCUCAGGUCACCGCCUCGCUGCUCCACGUCAAGCUGCAGGUGAAAGAGAAGUGGAUCCGCUCUUUGGAGCUGGGCAUAUCACACGACUUGCCUCUGGACGACAUUGGCAAAGAAAACAUGACGGUCACACUGAUUGACGCCAACCACUGCCCAGGUGCUGUCAUGUUCCUCUUUGAGGGCUACUUUGGGACCAUACUCUAUACUGGCGACUUCAGAUAUUGCCCGUCAAUGCUGCGUGAGCUAUGUCUAACUACCAAUGCCACCAUCGAUGUUCUGUACUUGGACAACACCAACUGUGACCCCAACCGCAGCAUUCCCUCAAGAAAGCAAGCUACUCAGCAGAUCAAGGAAAUCCUCCGCAGCCACCCGGACCAUAAUGCUGUCUUAGGCCUGUAUGGUCUGGGCAAGGAGUCUCUAUUGGUGGAGCUGGCAAUGGAGUUUCAAACCUGGAUCGAGGUGAGCUUCGACAGAAUGGAGACCCUCCAAAUGCUCGGGCUGCCCGACGUCUUCACCACCGAGCCGGGCGCUGGUCGUAUCCGCGUUGUGGAACAAAGAGAGAUCACCUUUACCGCCCUGUGCCAGUGGAACAGUGAACAACCCACGUUGGCUAUUUAUCCCACCAGCCGCCCCCUUCCGCUCUUCCACCCCAAAGUCUUUGUGGUACCCUACUCAGACCACUCAUCUUAUCAAGAGCUGGUCGACUUUGUCUCUGGACUCAAACCUUCUUCUCUGGUGCCCAUUGUUGGUAGCAGUAUCCCUGGAAGCCUCUCCACCUUAUCAUCUAGCAAAAGGCACGAAUUCCUGGUGCCCGAGUCGGUGCAACAGUACAUGAGGAGGAUUCCCAAAAACUGGCACAAAUCAUCCACCAACCUUCGGCGCCAACAUGUCCGACCACUUGUGCCUCAAGGUGUGGUGUUUGACUCUCCUGGGAGUUCAAGCAAGCUGCCCAAGGACUGUCUGGGUCAGAGUUUUUCUGAUGAGGAGGAGGAAGAAGAGGAGGAGAUGGAAGCAGCGAGUGUUGAUUCAAUUCCUGUCAAAUCCAGUCAGAAGGUUACCCCUUACAAAGCCCGCCGAGACUCCUUGGAGACGUUGAGGGUCAACUUUGUGCACACCGCCCCGGAGGAGAUGUUGGGAGCGCACUCAGUGCCAUUCAGUCAACUCAGCCAGAGCAACUUUGUCCCCAUGGAGAUCGUGCAGAAUCCGGACAUUUCCCUAAGGCCACAGCGACGUGCCAUAGGAGAGGUGGACGAGGAUCAUGACAACAGCUUGAGCGUUUCCGACAACGACUCUUUACUCCUUUAUAGUUUCCAUAAUGAUUCUGGGGUUUCAUCUGAUUUGUUGCAGUGUCCUGAGGCUCACAUAGAACAGCUUGAAAACGAGAUCUUGAAGGAUCUGGAUUUCACAGAAGAGGACUUGAGCCUGUGCUGCCUCCCGAAGGAAAGCGCCGCGGGAAUAGUUUCUCUCUGUCCUGUACGCAGGCCAUAAAUGGCCUAGGUGUAUUAUAGAUGUUAACCCGAGUGCACUUUUUUCCCCAAUUUUUACCAAGACAAGGAACACAUUUCACAUGGUGAUAAUGCCACACGGCACACCAGCAAAGCAAAAUGUCACAAAAGGUAGAUACAGUAAUGUUCAAAAUAAAUGAAAAUAAUUAAGAUGAGUUAACAUGCAGCAGAAAACGUUUUUUUUUUUAUUUCUUUUUUAACUCAAUCUAAAGCGUUUUGUCCACAUCACAUUCUGCAAUUUUAAAUUGCAUUUUUUUUUUUCAAAUGUGACCUGUUUAGCAAAAUGUCACUGAACAAUUUUGAUUGCAAUGUGGCCUUACUGCCGUCAGAUGGCAGUGACGUGAAAGCAAUUCAAAGCAUCUGGGAAUCGUCACCCCAGAAAAUAGUUUAAUGGUCUUCCUAUGGGUGCCACAAUAAUGAGAAAAACAACAAGUUUACAACAUGAUUAUAUGAAGCCCGUUUUAACAUGUUGGUCACAAAAACCCAGUGAAAGGUAAGCACGUAGUCAGUUGAACUGAUCAUUGCCAAAUACACGUUGAGUAUUUAUAUAUUGCAAAAGCAGUCAUUUAUCCGUAUUGCAAACCUUGGACCGAAGGUAUGUGCUUCACUGGUCGAAAAUACGGUAUUUUGGGUCAAUUUGACCCAUAAUAUCAGAGGGGGGCUUCGGGAGAUUUCAGCACUAGGGACAGCUCCAAGUUAACUCCCAGUAUUAUGAAGUGAUUGAUCUCGCUCGCUUUUGUUGAUUAACCUCAAUAUAGAAACGGACCUCCACCCUCUGCACUCCAAUCGAGAAGUUAAAGCAGAGCCGAAACCAAAGGGUGGCAGAUUGUAUUUUUAAGUCAAAGCUCAGAGAAAGUGCAUCAGCGCUCCUUUCAUUUCCAGCUGAAUGUGUGACAAUGUCGACAGAGCUGUGUGGGCGAUGAGCACUAGCUGAGGGCUCAGCACAGCUGAUAGCUGAGGUCUUGUCUUUUGGCGGCGACAGAAAUAGAAAAGCCUGGUUUCGGUCCUGUUCGGUAGCGCUGGCUGUUAUCAUGUCUACUCACACUGCUCAGAUGUUUUUGUUGGCCUCUGUCUGUAUUUGUGGAGGAUUGAGGCAGCAGACUCAUGUACAAAAAUGUGUCUUGUGGAAGAACAGGACUGAAUUCAAGCUGAUAAGGAGGGAACAUUCUCAGCUAAAGCCAGCAUAGUUGAGAGAAAAAGUACAUGAACCUCACCAUGAUGACCAGAAUUUUUGCGUGAAUUGGUCAUAAAAGGAGAUAUGAUCAUCACAUAAUUCACAAAAAUAGGCCAUGCAGUCAUCUUAACUCUGUAAAGCCUGAAGCAUCCAUUUCAAAGUCUCGCAUUAGUUAUGUUUCUGCUAGUGGUAUUCGAAAAAUCAAGAAGCAUAUUGAUGUUAUGAAUUUCGGUCUCUGUAUGUUGAGCAGCAAAGUGUAGCUGGGGUUGUUAAUGGAGAGUCUUGGAUGCAUUUGGGCUUUCCUGAGCGACCAUUUAUUUUGAAGGGUAAUGUUGUGAGAUGAGUUUGAAAUGAUUUUACAAUAAAAACGCUUCCAUUCUCGGAGUUGUGUUCCAGACCCCUUUACGUGAUAAGGCAAAAAUCAGCAAAAUAAAAAUGUCAUCUUUAAGUACAGCAUAGGGAUGUUUUGUAGCAUUGACGCACCUAAUUUACCUCAACACAAAACAUCCAUCCAUUUCCUGAGGCACUUAUCCUCACAAGGGUUGUGAGAGCGCUGGAGUCAGACAAUCGCAACGCACACAUAAACGACCAUUCCCGCUCACAUUCACUACUAUGGGCAAUUUCGAGUCUUCAAUUAACCUACAGUGCCGUGCAAAAGGAAUUGACCCCCUUCCUGACCUCCUCCCCCUUGCAUAUCCAUCACACACAAAGGCCCAAACCAAUCCCAACAUCACUCAGAAACAACCCAAGGAAACACAAAAUGGAGCACCCAAAUGACAGCUGAGUUCACGAAGGCACCAAAAAAAAAAAAAAAAAAAAAUCCAAAGAUCCUGACCCUCUGCGGAAAAAGCCAUUGCCCCCUGAAUUUAAUCACAGGUUGUGCCACCCUUGGGAGCAAUAACUGAAAUCAAGCCUUUGCAAUGAUUGGUUAUGAGUCUUUCACAUCACUCUUUAGGAAUUUUGUCCCACUCUUCUUUGCAGAAUUGUUUCAACUCUGCCAUGUUUUGAGGGUUCUUGUAUGAACUCGUCGUUUGUCACAUCACCAACCAUUUUUUUUUUGGGGGGGGGAGACAUUCCGAAGUGGACUUGCUGGUGUGUUUCAGACCGUUGUCCUGCUGUAUGAUCCAAAAGCGCUUGAGUUUGAGGGCACGAAGUGAUGGUCAUACACUCUCCUUCAGGACUUUUUGCUACACAACGAAAUUUAUUGUUCCAUCUGGGGCUUUUAAAACUAUACAAGUAUAUUUAAAAACACAGUAUAAUACACGAAAAAAGAUCAAGAAAAAUGGAGGACAUUAAAAUAUUGUAAUCAGAAUCAGCUGUAAGAGCCAAGUAUGUAACACCCAAGCAAUUUGUCUCUGGUAGUUUGUGCGGCCCUAGUACAACAUUCAGAACAACCCAACUAACAAGAACGAAGAACAAGAGACAUUCAGUUAAUAGGAACAAUUCCUUAUAAGAGUCACAGAUGUGCAAUAUUUAAAACCGUUAAGAGUGCGUCAAGGCCCCACAUUAUAUUAAAAUUAUACAGGGCGCCCUUACCCAUCCACAGUUCAUAGUUAUAGACCAGUCCAAUGACAAUUAUGCAAAGGGAGCAGUUUAAAGUGACGAAUCGUGCAAUAGUCUACAGGAUAUAUUGGCAAUACUAAUACUGAUUGGACCAGCAGGAUGUGAGAGUGUGUCCCAACAACAGCGCAAGGCAGAAAAUAGUAGUUUGCUGAUCAAGAAUUUAAUGACUUAAUUGCAAUUGCAAAAAAUUGUUUGAAUGCCUAGUUUUGACUUGCAUUGAUCGGUAGCGCCUACCUGACUGAAGGAGCUAGAAGAGCUGUUGACCAGGAUUUUGAGGGUAACUCAAUGUGCUUUACAUGAUUAAAACUAUUGAAAUACAAGUUAAGGCAAUUUUCAGAGCCAGAAAUAUCACUGAAAAGUGGAAAUACUCUAAAACGCAUGGGGGGGGGUAUUAAUCUGGAUUUAAAAACUCACACUUGGAGCUGAUGUCACCUCAGUUGGCAAGUUAUUCCACUUUUCUUUUCAGCAUAAUAGCUAAAUGUUGCUUCUGCAUCUUUGCUUUGGACUCUGCACGCCAUUAUUAGACCAGUCUUUUAGUCAGUCGAUCUCAGAGCCCUACUGGGUUUGCAUUUCUUUCAUGUAUUCAGGAUCUAAACCAUAUAGUGAUUUAUUGAUCAGUAGCAGAACUUUAAAACUCGUCUAAAAAUGACGGGAAACCAGUGUAAAAACUUUAGAAUUGUAGUUAUAUGCUCUAGUCACAACCCGAGCUGCAGCAUUCUGAAAGAGCUGCAGUUUUUGAAUGCUCUUUUUGGGGCGCCCAGUCAGAAGACCAUUACAAUAGCCAAGUCUACUUGAGAUAAAAGCAUGGAUAAGCUUCUCUUGGUCUGCUUGACACAUGCUAGUCUUCACUAUAAAUGUUUUUCAGAUGGUAAAAGGCAGUUUUCGUAAUUUAUUUGCUAUGACUGUUGAAGGUCGGCUUGGAAUCUAUCAGAACACUAAGGUUUCAGACUCGGUCUUUGCUUUUUAAAGAUAGUGAGUCCAGGUAUUUAUCAACAGCAAUCACUUUUUCUUUAUUGCCAAAAAGAAUUAUCUCAGCGUUGUUGUGGUUUAGUUGAAGGAAACUUUGGAAACCUGAUCGAAAUUUGUGAAAAAGUCCAUUUAAAUCCAAGAAAUUGCUGAGUUGGUUAAAAAUAACUUUCUCAACAAUCUUGGCUAUGACAGUGAGAUUAGAAAUGUUGACACAGAAAAUCUAGUGCUUUGUUUUUUAGAAAAAGCUUAGCAGCUACUUUAAGAGGUUUAGGCAACUUGCUAGACUGAAGUGAGGAAUUGAUUAUUUGUUGCAAAUCAGCUUGCGCUGAUUUCACAAUAGUUUUGAAAAAGUCAGAUGAUAUUGAGUCAAGACAGCUCGUUAAUUGUCGAUUAACUGUAAUGGAAUUGUAGUUUAUGUAGAGUUUAACUAAUCAUCAUUGGAGUUAUAAACGUUUUUCUUUACAGCCAGAUUUUACUGUAGUGCUUUUUCUGAUGUUUUUGUUGUGCGUGGCAGAGAUCAUCUAAAGAUGUUUGUCAAGCCAGGCGUCCUCUCUAGUCUGCUAGAUUUUGAGUUGGACUGUCAAAAAUACUGGCCCAGUGGACGCUGUUAAUUUCCGUGUUCCAUUGUUUGAUCUUGGUGAGCACAACAGCAGGCAAGCAACGCUGCCUUUCAUCUUUCCUCUUCCACUCAUGGAGGUGGUGGGCUCAUCUAGCAAAGAGAGGCCAUUGCUUCCUGGAGUGUUUGAAUGUUUACUUGAUUAAUGGAACAAAUGCAAAAGUGUUGUUGUUUGUCGGGAGCGUGGGGAUGAUUGUUACACGGCUCAGUUGAAACUCUUGCAUUUGUUCCAUCAAGGAACACAUUAGGAGUCACCUGAUUCACCCUGCACACGCUUGGUCUACUUCUUAGUCCACAUGUGAAGAUGUGGUGUCAUAAAGCAACAUUUGUGAGGAAAAACAUAAUUUGGGGGAAAAAUGUUUUUGUGAUUAGAAAAACCUGCUUCGUCGUUUAACUUGUCCACUGUAUUACUGAUUAAGUGUCUGUUGAUCUGUAUUUAAUGUAGUUGUUGGUACUUUUUUAGCUGUAAGCCAAGCUCAGGUACAGUUGUAAUAAACUCGCAUAGUUUUGUAUUAUUUAAUAUUUAUAAAAGAUUAGAACACAAUCGAAAUUUCACUUUACUGCAGAUUUGAUUUUUAUUUAGAAACGAUUGCCCUUAGAGUCCAACGUUUUGGACAAAAAGCUUUCAAGAUCUUUAAUCAAUCUCGCAGCCUUUAUUUCAUUGUUACCUUUCACCCCAAAAUAUGAAACAACUGACCCCGGGCAUGGGGUCAAUUGUAACAUUCGCUCUUUGUAUUUGAGAUGAAGCCAUGCAUUUUCGUUUGGUGUUACAUGCACAUUGUCACUGGC